GAUCCGCAUUUUCCUUUACCAGCUCUACUCAUUCGAUGGUUUUUUUCUUGCUCAUAACCUCAAGCGGCCUUGAGGGCUCCACAUUUUCGUUUACCAGCUUUGCUGAUUCAUGGCGUUUUGGGCUCAAAGGGACAGAACCCGUGCGAGGAGCGACGCUCACCAGGGUCAUGCUGGUUCAGGGUCCCAUCUUAUUGAGAGAUAUCAAUUUAUUCACCACCAACCAUCCCUACUUGUGUAGCAUACCUCUUCUCUGUUUCGGAACCAAGCCUCUCUACGUUUGUACCAGUAAACUCCUGUCUCCGAUCUGGAGAGGCUUCCUCCUCGCAAUUAGGCUCAGGAAACCUAUCAGUAGAGAUAGCUCUCAUGAUCGCAACACCUACGAUCUAUACGCUUAUUACCGCGCCAUGGGUUUCAACUUCUAUAACGACCCGUAUUACUACCGUCCAGGACCUGCUGUGGCGCGCUAUGGAGGCUCAGAGGACAGUAAGGUGUGGACGGUGGAUGAGACGAUUGGGACGUUGAUGGGUGCGGCGAUUGGAGCGUGGGGUGGAUAUAUUCUCGGUAGGCAUUGGACGUUGUGGUGAUGCUCCAGGAUGGAUAUAGGAAUUGACAGGCGACAGAGGAAGACCGUUCGAUUCAGCAGUCAAUGCCGUAGGAAGUAUAUUGAAGUGAAAUGUAUCUAUCUACUUGUCUGCUCUGUCUUUCUCCUGGCCAUCAUUUUUUUUAUCUACUAUCCGUAGAAGUAUGACCGGCAUCCCUCCCGUUAUAUAGACGUUGUAAAUCGCUUUCCGUGUUAUACUGACC